AUGUUUCGCUUCCCUAACCAUGGCCGCCCCCAUGGUCAAUUCCACCAAGAGAAAAGAGUCUUCUUUGGCCCCGUCGUCCAAAUCCCCAACCUAGACGCGCAGGUUGAAGGAGUAAGCUUGCCAUACAUAGGCGUGUCCGGCGGUUACGUAGAGUCCUUCAAAGGCAUCCCCUUCGCUCAACCUCCGGUGGGCGCACUCCGCCUCAAGCCGCCCCAGCCCCUAUUAGGCUCACUUGGACGCAUCGACGCAACGACGCUCUUUCCGGCUUCGUGUCCGCAGUUCUUGCUAGGAGAAGACGUUAACAUCCCCACUGUUCCGGGUAUUGCAACGGAAAUUCUGGAGAAUGUGGUUGAUACGCCGCUGUUCAAGGACAGUCUGGUGUCUGGGCAGGAGGACUGUCUCAAGGUUAAUUUGCAGAGGCCAGCAGGAGUAAAGGAGGGGGAUAACUUGCCGGUUCUUUUGUGGAUCUUUGGCGGCGGGUUUGAGUUGGGCAGUACGGCGAUGUAUGAUGGAUCGCACAUCGUUGCGAACUCGAUGAUCAUGGGAAAACCGGUCGUGUUCGUAGCUGUCAACUACCGGGUCGGGGCGUUUGGCUUUCUUGGGGGAAAGGAGGUCUUGUCUGACGGGAGUGCUAAUUUGGGACUCCUGGAUCAGCGCAUCGGAAUGCAGUGGGUUGCAGAUAACAUCAAGGCUUUUGGUGGCAAUCCUGACAAGGUCACGUUAUGGGGCGAGUCGGCCGGAGCUAUCUCUAUAUUUAGCCAGUUGACUAUGUUCGACGGGGACAUUACAUACAAGGGGAAGCCCUUGUUUAGGGGCGCAAUCAUGAACUCCGGCUCAGCAAUCCCCACAGACAACGUCGAUUGUCCAAAGGCACAGGCGAUCUAUGAUCAAGUCGUAGAAGGAGCUGGGUGCUCAGGAGAGCCCGAUACUCUCGCAUGUCUACGGCAAGCCGAUUACCAGGCGAGUCCACCCUACAGCUCUGUGGCCCUCUCCUACCUCCCUCGGCCCGACGGCAAGGUCCUCACCUCCUCCUCGGAAGUCCUCGCCGCAUCAGGUAAAGUCGUCAAAGUCCCCUUCAUCCUCGGUGACCAAGAAGACGAAGGUACCCUCUUUUCUCUGUUCCAAGGCAACAUCACCACGACCGAGGACAUCGAAGAGUAUCUCUCCUCGCUGUAUUUCAAAAACGCCAGCCCGGAGCUCAUCUCCCAACUCGUGGCCAAGUAUCCCGAGGACCCUGCCGCUGGGUCUCCUUUUGGCUCGGGUGAUGAUAAUAACUUCUACCCGCAAUACAAACGGCUCGCCGCCCUUCUGGGGGACGCUGCUUUCACAUUAACUCGAAGGGCAGUGCUGAACAUCACGUCUACUGUCCAGCCCGACGUCCCGAAGUGGUCGUACCUCUCGUCCUACGAUAAGGGGACGCCCAUGCUCGGCACGUUCCACGGAUCGGAUUUAAUCCAGGUGUUCUACGGCAUCUUGCCCAACUUUGCGGCAAAGGCGACGCUGAAUUACUAUUUGAAUUUUGCGUAUAACCUGGGUCCGAACGAUAAUAGUGGAGGUGCGCAGGAGAAGGUGGACGAGGUUGAUGUGGUACAGUGGCCGCGAUAUCAGGAUGGCCAUAUGUUGAUAAAUAUCAAUGCGAAUGAUGCUCAGUUGAUACCCGAUGAUUUCAGACAGGAAAGCUAUGAGGUGUUACUGGGUAAUGUGGUGCAAUUUCGGUUUUAG